GAGGUCCAUCUGGACUUCCAGUUCCAGUUUACGCGCUUGAAACGCCUAAACCACAGAGCCGAUUGGGCAGAAUGCGCCAAUCGCUUGGAGGGGGUCAUGCAAACAAUAUAUUCAGCCAGCCAGAAAAAUCCUUUAGUUCAAACCUACCUCAGCCUUCUCUGACACAUUCAGUCAUGAAGCCAAGUCAUUCUGUCAGGAGACAAUCGACGAGACCAGGUCCUCCGCCUAAUUCCCUGUUCUCCAACGUCCCGAAUGGCGCCUUAUCCUCCCGCACGCCGUAA